AUGAACAAAAUUGGCAGUAACUUUCGCGACAGUAGACGCAGUCAAAGUUCUGUACAGCUUAUGGGUUUUAUUGAUGAAUGUGUACGUGUAAAUGUUGAAGAGACGUCUGAAGAGGGAGAAUUACGUAUUCGCGGCUAUGAGACGUUACUAGGGACAAGUACCGCUGUUCUGUCCUGCAUUCAAGUCCUUCGUCGAAUUAUCCGGGAAUACGCCUAUGGUCGAAUGGGACGAGAACUGCAGCAUUUGUCGCUUACAGUGGCGUCCUUUGAGCGGGUUUUGUACACGUUUAUUAAGGAGGAGAUUGUCAUAGCCUCAAAACACUAUGCAAGUCAGCCGCCCGUGGACUUUCGGACCAAAACCGCUCUUAAAGAUAUUAUUCCAUUGAUACCUAGAGAUGAGAGAUAUACUAUUCUAUUAGGUGGAGUAGCAUCUCUCUUGCGACACGCUACCAAGUCGUUGGAGGAAACACGCCAAGUACUUGAGGAGCUGCAGUCCGGAUAUAAUCCGGAUCGAGAGAAUCAGUGGUCUAGGACGUCCGUGGUUCUGUUUGUGACCUUCAUGUUCCUCUACAAAAGGUUUCGAAUCCGUACAUCGCUCAAACAGUUUUUAAUGCAAGUUUUGCCAACCAGACAUAUGAUUAAGUGGGGAGCUCUAUUACUGAUCGCAACAGACUAUUGGAACCGAGCCAUGUAUCGGUUUUCCAACUUGCGACGGAUCAAGGUCCACCAUGCACGAGUGUUAAUGGCGCUGAGGCUAUUUUUAUUGUGUCAGCAUGUGCUGCAGCGUGCUCGUCCGAUCAGCAAUGCUUCCGACCACCGACUACUGAUUGAUAACCCGAUGGAGGCAGAUAUCGACGACGAUCUGAAAAACGCUACGACACUAUUGGUUGAGAGAGUUCCACUGCCUGCUGAAUACUACGAUCGGUCUUCGGAGCCGUGGGGUUUCACAGCUUUUAAGAUUGGCACGAAUGUCUUGACUGCGUCGAGCGCUUUUGCGCACUCGAUAUUGGGUCAUCAUAAACUGCUGCUCAAAUUUCUGGGUCCAAGUUUGCUUGUGAUGGCUAUUCCGUACUACGCGAUCCGCAACCCCAAAGCAGCACGCUACACGACGCGUACACUCAUCGAUCACCCGAACGUGGAUGUCAUUCGAAUGGGGUGGCAAGUAUUCGGCGAGUCUCGACUAGUGCGGCUCAUAACUAGCUUUCAGUGCCCCAAGAUUUCUGUGUUCGAGAAUCAAUUUCUGGCAGUAGACGGAUCUGCACUCAACAAGAUGCGCAAGGACAUUUCUGAUAUCAGUGUAUACAUAUUCAGCGCGCGGCCGAUGGAUUCCGUCAAGGCUGGGACGUGGACAAAUGCUUGUACCGCAUUGACGACGCGAAUGAUCGCUUGUGGCUUACCGUCGACGCGUCCUGUUCUUCUCUACAUCCACGGUGGUGGCUUUUUCGGACGGUUUAUUGCAAAGGACUUUUAUAACUUGACCAAUUGGGCCUGUGUGCUAGGUGCAGCCAUCGUCUAUGUCGAUUACGGCCUCGCACCUGAGACCCAGUACCCACACUCAAUGAAUCAAUGCUACACUGUGUACAAAUGGGUGCUUAAUGGCGGAUUAGGUUUUCGACCAGGCAAGAUCGCGCUGUUUGGGGAAAGUGCUGGCGCAAAUAUGGGGGCUGCGCUUUGCAUUCGAUGCAUUCAAGACAGCGUCGAUUUGCCGAGCGGAAACGUGUUCAUGUUCCCGGCUCUCAAUUUGCAUUUGUCUCCGUCACCGUCGCGAUUCAUCCACCAAAAUGACCCGGUGCUACCGCGUGGCAUCCUCGAACUGGCACUUACGUCCUACUACCCUUCACACGGUCACUCGAACCAGUACAAGCUCAAUAUUCACGAUCCGUGCGUGUCUCCUGGCUUGGCUGAAGAUUAUCUAUUAGAAAAAUUCCCUCCGACGUCGCUUGUGGUUGGCGACCUCGACCCGUUAUUGGACGAUAGCGUCGACUUUUACACGCGACUCUCGUUUUUGAAAGUGCCGUCAAGUUUGAAAAUUUACUCAGGGCUUUCACACGGCUUCCUCAUCUACGGCAAUAUGGUUCCGGAAGCACAAAAGGCAAUCGACGAGACGUGUGAGCGUGUGCAAAACUACAUCCGAUUGCGCUGA